CCCUCCCCCUCUGUUUCUCCUCUCAUCUCCCUCUCAUUGUCGUUUCCACCCACCCUCGCUCUGUUUUCCCUCUGCUUCUGUCCCUCUCCCUCUAUUUUGCUCUCUCUCUCUUCCGCAGUUCAACACUUUCGAGCUUGCCUCUUGCAAGGCUACACGCACUGACGACAGGAUGUCCAUUGUGAGCAUCAUUGCCAGGGAAAUCCUGGACUCUCGGGGAAACCCGACAGUAGAGGUGGACCUGAGAACUGACAAAGGUCUGUUCAGGGCUGCUGUGCCCAGUGGAGCAUCUACAGGUAUCUAUGAAGCUCUGGAACUCAGAGAUGGAGACAAAAGCCGUUACAAGGGAAAAGGUGUACUGAAGGCUGUUGGUCACAUUAAUGACACUCUUGGGCCAGCCGUCAUUGCAUCUGAGAUUAGUGUGGUGGAACAGGAGAAACUGGACAACAUGAUGAUAGAAUUGGACGGCACAGAGAACAAAUCUCAAUUUGGUGCCAAUGCCAUCCUGGGAGUGUCUCUGGCCAUCUGCAAGGCUGGUGCGGCAGAGAAAGGGGUACCCCUGUACCGUCACAUUGCUGAUCUGGCAGGAAACACAGAACUAGUGCUGCCAGUUCCUGCGUUUAAUGUAAUAAACGGAGGCUCUCAUGCUGGGAACAAGCUUGCCAUGCAGGAAUUCAUGGUACUUCCUGUAGGGGCGGAGUCGUUCCGUGAUGCACUGCGUGUUGGUGCAGAACUCUACCAGACCCUGAAAGGUGUCAUCAAGGAGAAGUACGGCCAAGAUGCCACCAACGUUGGUGAUGAGGGAGGUUUUGCUCCAAACAUCUUGGAGAACAGUGAAGCACUGGAGUUGAUCAAAACUGCCAUAGACAAGGCCGGUUUCACAGAUAAAGUUGUGAUCGGAAUGGAUGUGGCCGCCUCUGAGUUCUACCGCGAUGGGAAGUAUGACCUGGACUUCAAGUCGCCCCCAGACCCCAACAGACACAUUACAAGCGAUGAGCUUUUAGAGAUCUACCAGACAUUUGUCAAUGACUAUCCAGUGGUCUCCAUUGAGGAUCCAUUCGAUCAGGAUGACUGGCCCGCCUGGACUAACAUGACAGGUUCAAUCGGGGUCCAGAUUGUGGGAGACGACCUGACCGUGACAAACCCAAAGAGGAUAGAAAAAGCUGCUGAAGAUCGUGCCUGUAACUGUCUGCUCCUGAAAGUCAACCAAAUUGGCACCGUUACAGAGGCCAUCCAGGCAUGUAAGCUCGCCCAGGCCAACGGAUGGGGAGUAAUGGUGAGCCAUCGCUCAGGGGAGACUGAGGACACUUUCAUCGCUGAUCUAGUGGUGGGACUCUGCACUGGACAGAUAAAGACGGGAGCUCCUUGUAGAUCUGAGCGCCUCGCAAAAUACAACCAACUUAUGAGGAUUGAAGAGGAACUGGGCGAUCAGGCUCGAUUUGCCGGGCACAAUUUCAGAAACCCUAGCGCUCUGUGAGACUGACAUCCUUGCACCGAAAUCACACAAAAAAACAACAACUGACAAACAGAGUACAUACUGCACUUAUCUGACUGACUAUCCCCAACUUAGAUUACCCAGAAUGCAUAAAAAUGGCACUAUUUGCACUGACAUACAAAUAAUGACUUACUCAAACACUCAAAAGAUAUAUGUAAACUGACCUGGACUAGGACAGGCUUUAAAAGACCAAAUAUUAUGCACAGUGAAUACUGGACAGGCUGACAUUAUGCACAAGGAGAUACUGAAUUACUUGACGGGCAAACCAUGUCCACAGGGUGAACAUGCAUGCGUAAGAUAACAUGGAUACGAAGAAUUUAGGAGACAAGGCCACGAGGCCUUGAUGUUUUUAAAGAGGGAUUUCACUCAGAUGGAAUAAAAGCCAGAGAGAUGUAUUUGAAUAAGGUGUAAACGUCUUAGAAUCCAGUUUAAGCUUCAAUUUAGAGUGCGAAGUACGUGUACAUACAUUUACAUUUACAAAGUUGACUUGCCACACUUCAAAAUAAUGUAUGUAGUUUUUAUGGUUCAUUGCAUGAGAUUCAGGGACAAAUAUUUAGAUUAUGGAGAAUGGAAGGAAGACAAAUAUGCAGAUAUUUUGAUUUGGGGCCUGAAGUGUGAAACAGUUGCAUAGUUUUACAUUUCAUUAAUACUUAUGCACAUAUGCGAUGAGAUGCAUCAGUGUGACUGUAAGAUGGAAAAUGAUGUUGUAGUUAGUAACACAGACGGUCUUGUUGGCUAUAUGAGGGCCCGGCAUUUUACUCAUUUACUUUAGAUGCUUUUAGGGACACCAGACACACUGACAUUUCAUCAUGUUCACACAUUUCUGCAUAUUUAAUCAUUUGCUUGAGGAUCCAAAAUAGGUCCUUAUCGUACAUGUAGUCACUGGCUUAUUGGCCAUUUAAAUAAAAAAUAUUGUUAAAGAACGAGAAUGAAAUCUGAAGGAUUAAACAUGAAUUCCCAUAUCAGUUCUAAGAGCUAAAUAUAAGCUAAACCUAUUGUGCAAAGCCCCCACUUUCAUAUAUCUGCCUGACUUUCUCAUGCAAUGACCAUUAAAAUAUGAAAAUCUAAUUUUCUUUCACCCUGGAUGUCCAUUUUAAAAGUGAAGUGCGUUAUUUUUGAUGUUUAAAUACCUCUAUCCUAAUUUGAUGUGCAUAGACAACUACUGUAUAAAUAAGACAUACGUAGCCAUUUUGUGUCACUUUUAAAACAUUGGUGUAUUUGUUUGAGCGUCAACUUGUCGCUCAACCAAUGGUGUGAGGUUGGGGGCGGGACUAGCCGUUUGUCCAGUUAAUUGCAGACAGGGCCGGGGCAGAAGAGACAUUAACAGGGUUUUAGAAAACACAUUUGGAUACAAUCAUUAUUUCUGCAGUUCUGUUUGCUGCCACUAGGGGUGCAGAAAUGAGUCAUUUCAUAUUUAAAAAUCUAAAUCCAAUGAUGAAAGAAAAAGAGACUGAAGUGUGAGACAGUAAUAGUGGGUGCAAAAAUAUCAAUUUAGUCUUCAGGCUUCAAGCACAACUGAAGAGAUAUAAAUAAAUUCACAGUGACAGAUCACACUCAAACAUUAGACAGACAUUCUUACACGAAUAGACAAACACACACUCAUUCAUUCACGUUUGUGUAGCAAAGUUUCACCCUCCCAACGCACACGACUCCUUAUUCUCUGCCACCAUGGACAUUGUAUUCUGUAUUUCUUCCUUUCACGUCAUUUUCAUCUGUCUCACUCUCUUCAUCACUUCUUUUCCCUUCUUGUGGUUAUGGCUUGGCUUGUUCCCUCUUACCUGAAACGUUUUCUCCAUUAUUGUGGUGGAAAAUGCAAGUGCAAGAUGCAGAGAAAAAAAUAACUGUCGAGUCUGUCAUUGAAUAAUGUUAUGAAAAUAAAGCUGUCAUUACUUU